CGAAGAGGAGAUGUAGAAUAACCUGGCCUCUUCGUAAGAAAAAGCCUAUUGACAGAAAUGUCCUUAUAAAGUCAUUCUCGAAGACGAGCUCCACAAUUCGUUAGACACGUUCAAAUCUCGCCUUGCCUCUCAGCUAACGGAAAUGUCCCUCCCUAUGUAUGUGUUCGUGUAUCUAUAUAUAAUCUAUCUCCCGUCAGUCCUCACUCUCUCGUUCGUCUCUGACUGAACUCCACUGAUUAGACUCAAGUAAUUUAGGGAUUUUGAGCAUUUCCUAAUUCGAACUCCUUAAAAAUGCGGCCACUCACCUGCACCAAACUGGCUUUGAUCACUCUAACCGGAGUCAUCAUUCAAAUCAUUGGCCUUUCUCUGUUCGUCUUCGGCUUUUUUCCCAUCAAACCGGCUCUCUCCGGCACCAGUGGCUCGGAGAGUUUCCGCUUACCUAUUUGCAACUCAGUUGGGAAUCAAAGCGACACGAUUCUGCCGUCCGAUCCACUCAGAUCGCUAUAUAAGGAAUUAUCGGGGAUUCCAUCUUCGUUUGAUAGGCUAAUUUUAAUGGUUAUUGAUGGUCUUCCAGCAGAAUUCGUGCUUGGCAAGAAUGGGAAACCUCCUAGUAAGCAAUAUUUGGAAGCUAUGCCUUAUACUCAGUCAUUGCUAGCCAGUGGAUUGGCUGUUGGUUACCAUGCUAAGGCCGCCCCUCCAACUGUCACAAUGCCUAGAUUGAAGGCUAUGGUGUCCGGUGCAAUUGGAGGAUUCUUGGAUGUGGCAUUUAAUUUUAACACGCAGGCUAUGUUGGACGACAAUCUUCUUGGCCAGUUUUUCAGGAUUGGUUGGGAAAUGGUGAUGCUUGGUGAUGAAACAUGGCUGAAGUUGUUUCCUGGGGUAUUCAAAAGGCAUGACGGUGUUAGCAGCUUCUAUGUUAAGGAUACUGUGCAAGUAGAUCAAAAUGUUUCGCGACAUUUGGGAGAUGAGCUUAGUAGAGAUGACUGGAAUCUUAUGAUUCUGCAUUAUCUAGGCUUGGAUCAUGUUGGACAUAUCAGUGGCCGGAGCAGUGUGUUGAUGGCCCCAAAACUAAAGGAGAUGGAUGAGGUGGUGAAGUUGAUUCAUUCAAGUACUACUCAGUCCCAAGGAAAUGCCAGAGGGCGGACACUUUUGAUGGUAGUAAGUGAUCAUGGCAUGACGGAAAAUGGUAAUCAUGGGGGUUCUUCAUAUGAAGAAACCGACUCCUUAGCUCUUUUUAUUGGCCUGAGGAAUCAUGUCUUUGACUAUGCAUCAGUCAUCCAGCAGGUUGACAUUGCACCAACCUUGGCUCUUCUAUUUGGUGUGCCAAUCCCUAAAAACAAUGUUGGUGUUCUUAUUACAGAAGCUUUUGAUUCUCUAAAAGAGGACCAACGUCUGAGGGCUCUGGAGUUGAAUUCUUGGCAGUUACUCAGAUUGUUGCAAGCUCAGUUAUCAGGUUUGCCAUGCAGAAAUUUCCCCUGUGAUGCAUUCAGUAAUCAUCAGAGUUCUGAUCCUAGUGAGUGCAAUCAUAGUACAGCGAAUAUGCUUUGUUGCUUGUAUAUGGAAGCGGAAGCUCUAUACAACUCCUUGAAGUCUAAGGGGGGCUCUGAGUUUGCUAGCAACAAAGGGUACAGCAGGACUGCAGCUGCAUAUUACAAGUUUCUGAAAUCUGCAAGUGAGUGGUUAUCACGCAGAUCUACUGAUAAACCUGUUAAGCUACUUGCUGUUGGACUAGCAACAAUGUUUAUCUCAUGUGUAAUAUUAUCAAGCCUGUUGUUUUGUUGGGUCAGAGAAAUUUAUCUGGGAGGAAAGCAACAGCACUCCAACUUAAAUGAUAGCAUGAAUGGCUGGUCUUUAGAUGAGACAUUCAUUCUUGGUGUUAUCUUGAUCCUUGUUACAAGUAUGGGAUCAAGUUCUAUGGUAGAGGAAGAGCAUUACAUAUGGUAUUUUGUGGUAUCCACAUUCUAUCUCUUGCUACUCCGUAAAACAGCACAGUCCCUUGCACCAGUUGGUGUCCAAAGUUCUCUUGGCAUGCACAAAGGACAAAAUGGAAAAGUUUACUCUAGAAUGUGUUUAAUCUUUUUGCUGCUUAUCUCCGGAAGGAUUUUGAGAGGCUGGCAUCAAGGUGGUGUAAACUGGACUAGUCUACCUGACAUUUCUAAAUGGCUUGAACUGGCUGGGAGUCAUUAUGUGCAAUUGCUUCAGCUAAUAUCUGCAUUCCUGGUGAUCAGCAUAGGUGUAUGUGCUCUAUUUUCAAUAGAAUCAAAGGGAAAAUUUUUUCAGAUGGUCAGACUUAGCUUUCUGAUGUCUGCAUUGCUGGUUUUGUUGCAUAUCAUAAGAUAUCAGGAUUAUACAUUUUCGUCAACUAAUUAUGGAGCUACCUUAUUGGCACAAAUAAUCUAUGAAAUUCUUGGUGCUGCGACUAUUGGGACUGUUUUGGCCUUGCCAUGGCUUAUUCCUUUUUCAACCUUUAAGAUUUGCCCUACUGAUAAUACCCUCUCACCUACUUCAUUUUUUCUUAGCAUUCAAGAGAAGUUUCCGUUGGUGGAAUUAAGAGAUUCUUUAUAUGUGAUUGGGUGGUCAUACAUAUUAUGUUGGUGUCUUCUGCAGCUGUUGCUCCAACAGCCAAUUAACUCAACACCCAUACUAUUACUGCUUGUGCAAAUAUUGGCCAGCUUGCUUUAUUUUGCUUCUAAUGGAACACAUCAUAAAGAGUGGAUAGAGAUUGCAGCAUUGUACUACUUGGGAAUGGCUGGUCAUUUUGCUCUAGGAAAUAGCAAUACACUAGCUACUAUUGAUGUUGCUGGAGCUUUCAUUGGCAUAUCAAGUCACUCAACAUUGCUGUCUGGCGUUCUAAUGUUUAUUAUCACCUAUGCGUCACCCAUGUUUAUUCUUCUUAGCCUGGUAAUGUACAUCUCUAUGAAGAACACGGCCCAUCGUGUAAUUCCUGAGAAAGCAGAUGAUGGAGACCUUCUCAUGAUGAUGCUUGGUUUUCCUUGCCUCGUUCCACUGGUCUUAAAUUCAAUUCUGUUGACUGCAUACACAGUUGUAUUGCUGUUAAUGAGGAAUCAUUUAUUUGUUUGGAGUGUUUUCUCACCCAAGUACCUGUAUGUCUGUGCAACAACCCUAUGCACUUACAUAGGGGUCUCCAUUGUGGCUGCAACUGGAAUUUAUACACAUUUGGUACUGGGCAUCCGGAAAAGAAAGCAAGUACCGAUCAGCAACAGCACAAGAUAGCACUCAGACCGAUUAGCAACCCAAUUUUUUGUUCUUCCAAUAUGGUGGAAGGUUAUUUAAUACUUAUUUCUUUUUUAUUUCACCAACUUCCUCCAUAGACGCAUUUGGUACAGGCCAUGCAGAAAAGGAAGCACCUCUCCAUUAGCAACAACACAAGAUAGAGUAACAGGCGACCCAAUCUUGAAUUCUUCGAAACCAACUCAGAUGGUGUAACUAGUUGUUUCAUAAGAUUCUCUAGCUUCCUCAACGGAUGUGAUAUUGCAUGUAGGAAUCAGAUGAGGUAUAGUAAUAGGAAUGUUAGAAGAUACUCCUGAAGCAAUUGGUGGUCUUUAUUUACAUAAAAACAUCAUUUUUGGGGUCAAAUAAAUCUGAAUAUUUUGUUGGUGAUAGAAGGGAAGGACCAUAUUCUGAAACUGGUG